UAUGGCUGCUCGAGAAUCUGGUAGAAUAAAAGAUGCAUAUCAAAAGAGAGUGCUUGAUGAAGCUGCUCGUAAACGUAGACAGAAGAAAGCAUUGGAGGCUUUGGAGCAAGAUAAUUUUCAUGAUGAUCCGCAUGCGGAUUUGGUAAUGAGCAAGAAAGUUCCAAAGUUUCAAGAGACUCUAGAUAAUAGAGGUGGUAGAAGAAAAAAGACCAGAUCAGCGGAGUAUUAUAAACAACGAUUUCGUAAAACUUUUGCUCAGUUAGUGGAAGAAGAUCUAAAUAUUAAUCCAAAUCCACCUAAUUAUGCAUCUGCUCAAGCACAACCAUCCCGAUUUCCAGAACGACAAUUUUGUGCAGUUUGUGGUUUCCCUAGUAAUUAUACUUGUAUUCCUUGUGGAGCUAGAUAUUGCAGUAUGAAGUGUCUAGGUACUCAUCUUGACACAAGAUGUUUAAAAUGGACAGCUUAAUAAGUAUGUGGUUAUCAUGAAGCUUAUAGUUCAAUAUUAUAAAUAAAACAUAUUUUUCUUAUUGUAAACGUAAUAAGACUAAUAUAUGUAAGAAAAAAGUAUUCAAUAAAAUUGUGUAUUUUUAUAUUAA